GGAAGUGUAUUGACCACUGCAGGAAUAAAAGAGUCUGUCGAGGAGGCCGACGAUCACUCUCUCCUGACAGAACUCAGCAAGACCCCAACAUGAGACUUCUCCUCCUGGCCAUCCUGGGCGCCUGCUGCCUGGCCGCAUGCACUGUGGAAGGGGUGGGGAGUGAAGUCCCCGAAAGCAGUGUCUGUAUGAGUCUAAGAGUCCACCCACUGCCACUGAACAGAAUCAAGACCUACACCAUCAAGGAGGGCCCCAUGAGGGCAGUGAUUUUUAUUACCAAACGUGAAUUGAAAGUCUGUGCUCACCCAGAAGCCACGUGGGUGAAAAAGGCACUCAAAAGCAUUCACAGCAAGUCCAGCACCAGAAGAAACGUGACCCAGAUCCACCCAACAGGAGCCCAGCAGUCCACCUAUACGACAGUGACCCUGCCCCAAUAAAGGGCUUCCAGUACCCUGUCCCCUCCAUAGCUGGCCAGCUCAUGUCCUUCCACAAGCUCAAGGACUUGUUAGGUUAGACUCAUCUUUUUGAAAGUGCUGCAUGAGUAAAAUUAUAUUAUUGUAUUUUAAUUUUCAUGUCUUUCGUGUUCAUUUAGAUGCCAUAAUUAAUAAAUGUUUAUUGUUCAAAAUUA